AUGUUAGAAAAAUGCAAAAGAUUAAACAUGAAGUUGAUGUCACCUUUACAAGAGCAAGCUCAUAGUCUUCUCACAUGUUUUGAUUUUCAAAAGUUUCAAGAGGAGUUUGAAAGAUCUAUCCAAUAUCCAAUUCAUCAUGAAAAUGGUAAUGUGCUUGUGUUGCGGUAUUAUAAAUAUGCUAAUAGUAGAAAAUACACGGUCUUUUGGGAUGUAAAUCCUCAAUCAAUCAAUGUUGUGUUUGAUGAUCAAAUAAUAUGUUACAACAAUGAAGCUCGCGAGGAAGAUGUUGUUCAAUGUCCUCCGAUUUCCAAAACAAAAGGUCAUCCUAAACGAAGACGUAUUAAAAGUGAAAAAGAGCUUUCACAUAGCAUGAAUAUUUGUGGAUUAUGUAGAGAUGUAGAACAUAAUAUUACAACAUGUUCUCUAAAGGAAAAUAUUCAGUUUUCUGCUCACACUAAAAACAAGAAGAGGAAAACUUGUCAAAAUACAAAUUUGAAUCAAGUUUUUCUAUCAAAAAUUUAG